CAUUAUUCUUUAUUUUCAAAAGUUCCAAUUUACGUAUAUUUACAUAAAUAAACCUGAAAUAUAUUUAGUAUCAAAUGAACUUCUUGGACACUAUUGUAGUCAUACCUAGAGCACAAUGGAAUGCAAAACAAGCAAAGAAAGAGGAGGAAAUAGAGGAGGUUCCAGUACCGUACCUUGUAGUGUACCAUGAUCAUAAGAACCGUUGUAGGACCGAAAACGAAUGCAUGAAAGUAAUAGAACAAAUACAAAAGGAUCACAUGGAUAAAGGAGAAUCUGACAUUUUAUACCACUUCAUUGUUACAAUGGAUGGGAACAUAUAUGAAGGCAGGAGUACUAAAAGUGUUGGAAUGAAAUUUCCUGAAAAUGAGAGCUUUAAGGUUGUAAAUAAGAAAAGUAUUACCGUGGGAUGCCUAGACAAUGGAGAAAAAGAGGUUUCGAUUCCAGUAUUAAAGUCAUUUCUUAAAGUAACAGAAAAACUACGCAGAGAAGGAGUAAUCAAUUAUGAUGUUCAUUUGAAAAUACAUUUUCCAAAAGGACAUCCGAGAGAGAAGGAUACCCAGAACGACUCGGAAGAAGUGUUUUCUGCAAUGCGAAUGAUGGGUGGAUCCAGCGGGUUUAAUGAAACGAAUUUGGAUUCUAAGAAAUCAAAAGAGAAAAAACGAGCUAAAAAGUCAAAAAGUAAACGUUAGUUGAAAAUCUGUUGUGAUUGUUUUUUUAAUAUAUAAAUAGUUAACAACCUC